AUGCUUGCAAAUUCAAUCACUGAAUUCAACUAUGAUCCUGAAACUGGUCACACUUUCGAGGCGUGGUUCAUACGUUGGGAAGACGUGUUCCGAACAGAUCUCACUUGUCAAGACGAUACGUGGAAAGUGCGCCUGCUGGUCCGGAAACUUGGAACCAAAGAACACUCCAGAUGUGUGAAAAUUGUUAAACGGGAUGGAGAGGAUUAUGGCAUGCUUGCUGACAGAGUCAAUCGUGACUGCGAACGUUUCAAACUGCGCUCAUUGACCGACGACCAAUUCAAACUUGAUCAAGACCCAGAUAUGAACCUGAAGUCUCUCAUGGCCGAAUUCAAACGUCUUCUCUCCGUGAAACAAGACACUGUUUUGGCCGAACAGAAGACUUUCACAGCUGACGUCAAUUGUUACGAUUAG